GGCAAAAGGUCGCGGAUUCGAUGAACGCCAUCUUAAACAUAUAAAAGCGAAAAGGGGGAAAAAACCUGAAAAUAGGAAACUACAAAAACCCUCAAUUUAUACAGCCAAAUUCAUCACACAAAUCUAGGGUUUCAAUCCAGUUUCUUCCUCAUUCAUGUCUCUUCCAGCGUUAGAGUGUAAAUACGUCACCGAUGAAUGUAUUCGUGAAUGGAAGAACGGCAGCAGCACCUUCAAACCACCGGCACCGGCGCCAGUUCUUCGCUAUUUGUACGAGCUUUGUUGGAACAUAGUUAGAGGAGAGUUGCCGAUUCAGAAGUGUAAAUCAGCAUUGGAGUUGGUUGAGUUUUCAGAUAGGGUUUCUGAUGAUGAAGUGGCUUCUAAUUUAGCUGAUAUUGUUUCUCAAAUGGCUCAAGAUCUUACAAUGCCUGGAGAAUAUCGUGCUCGUCUUAUUAAAUUGGCAAAGUGGAUGGUGGAACAUUCUGUGGUCCCUUUGAGACUGUUCCAUGAACGGUGUGAGGAAGAAUUUCUAUGGGAUUCAGAGAUGAUUAAGAUAAAGGCUGCUGAUUUGAAGUCAAAAGAGGUUAGGGUUAACACUCGUCUUCUUUAUCAACAAACUAAAUUCAACCUUCUUCGAGAAGAAAGCGAAGGCUAUGCCAAGCUGGUUACCCUUCUAUGUGGUUCAGAAGUUUGCUCUCCAAAUGCAUCAGCAGCAACAGUCGGCAUAAUUAAGUCGUUGAUUGGACACUUCAAUUUGGAUCCAAACCGUGUCUUCGACAUUGUAUUGGAGUGUUUUGAACUUCAGCCAGAUAACAAUGUCUUCUUGAACCUGAUUCCUAUUUUCCCCAAGUCUAAUGCUUCACAAAUUCUUGGUUUCAAGUUUCAAUAUUAUCACCGUACAGAAGUAAAUAAUACGGUACCUUUUGGGCUCUAUCAGCUUACAGCACUACUGGUCAAGAAGGAGUUUUUAGAUCUUGAUAGCAUAUAUGCACAUCUUCUUCCUGAGGACAAUGACGCCUUUGAUCAUUAUAAUGAAUUUUCUGCAAAACGACUUGAUGAGGCUAAUAAGAUUGGUAAAAUAAAUCUUGCUGCUACUGGAAAGGAUCUUAUGGAUGAUGAAAAACAAGGAGACGUGACGGUAGAUCUUUUUGCUGCUUUAGAUAUGGAAAGUGAAGCAGUUACAGAGCGCUCUUCAGAACUUGAAAACAGUCAAACUUUAGGCCUGCUCAUAGGUUUUCUUUUUGUGGAUGACUGGUAUCAUGCAAAUAUCCUAUUCCGCCGUCUCGCGCCACUAAAUCCAGUUGAACAUAUUCGGAUUUGUGAUGGUUUGUUUAGGCUCAUUGAUAAAACAAUUUCUCCUGCUUAUGAACUUGUUCGUCAGCGACAGCUUCAAUCUACCGAUUCUGAUUCAAUGGAGACAGAUAUUAACUUCACGAAAAAAUCAUUUAUUAAUCUCCCAAAAGAAUUAUUCGAGAUGCUUACUUCUGUUGGGCCCUAUCUUCAUCGUGAUACAUUACUACUGCAGAAGGUAUGCAGAGUGCUGAGAGGUUAUUACCUUUCUGCAGUCAGAAGUGUCAAUUCUGGUGAUGACUUGAAUUUGAGUGAAAAUCGAACUCCUCGGCUCCACCUAAAGGACGCUAGGUUAAACCUUGAGGAAGCACUUGGUGCAUGUCUACUUCCGUCACUUCAGUUAAUACCAGCAAAUCCAGCUGUUGGACAGGAGAUUUGGGCUGUACUGAGUCUACUUCCUUACGAGGCGAGGUAUCGUUUAUAUGGGGAAUGGGAAAAGGAUGACGAGUGCAACCCCAUGGUUCUAUCUGCAAAGCAGACAGCAAAGCUGGACACCAGAAGGAUCCUGAAACGGCUUGCAAAGGAAAACUUAAAGCAGCUUGGACGGAUGGUUGCAAAGUUAGCUCACGCAAAUCCCAUGACUGUGCUUCGAACCAUAGUUCACCAGAUAGAGGCAUAUAGGGAUAUGAUUGCUCCAGUUGUAGAUGCAUUCAAAUAUUUGACACAGCUUGAGUAUGAUAUUUUGGAAUAUGUUGUCAUUGAACGACUGGUACAAGGUGGUCGUGAAAAGCUAAAAGAUGACGGUCUAAACUUAUCAGACUGGCUUCAAUCUCUGGCGUCAUUUUGGGGUCAUUUGUGUAAAAAGUACCCAUCAAUGGAACUCAGGGGUCUAUUCCAGUAUCUAGUAAAUCAGCUGAAAAAAGGGAGUGGGAUUGAACUUGUUCUCUUGCAGGAACUUAUCCAGCAAAUGGCUAAUGUUCAGUAUACAGAGAACAUGACUGAAGAGCAGUUGGAUGCUAUGGCAGGAAGCGAGACUCUACGAUAUCAGGCUACUUCUUUUGGUGCCACCCGUAACAAUAAGGCUUUAAUCAAAUCCACCAACAGACUUCGAGAUUCAUUGCUCCCAAAGGAUGAGCCCAAGCUCGCAAUUCCACUUUUGCUACUUAUUGCUCAGCAUCGUUCUGUGGUUGUCAUUGAGGCCGAUUCUCCUCACAUUAAGAUGGUCUGUGAACAGUUGGAUAGAUGUCACGGAUCCCUUCUGCAAUAUGUCGAAUUUUUAUGUGGUGCAAUGACAUCAGUAAACUCAUAUGCUCAGUUGGUUCCAGAUCUACAUGAUCUCAUACAUUUAUACCACCUUGAACCUGAGGUUGCAUUCUUAAUUUAUCGACCUGUGAUGAGGCUCUUCAGAUGUCAGACUACAUCCGAUGUUUUUUGGCCGUUAGAUUGUGAUGAAAGUUCAAGUAGUUCAGCUCAAGGGAAGGAGGGUGGACUUAUACUCGAUAUUGGUCCUCCUCGCAAACCCGUAACGUGGUCAGAUCUUCUGGAGACAGUUAGAACAGUGUUACCGGCAAAAGCUUGGAACAGUCUCUCGCCUGAUCUGUACGCUACGUUUUGGGGGCUAACACUUUAUGAUCUUUAUGUACCGAGAAAUCGUUACGAGUCUGAGAUAGCCAAACAGCAUGCUGCUCUUAAAGCAUUAGAAGAACUUUCUGAUAAUUCCAAUUCAGCAAUCACCAAACGAAAGAAAGAUAAAGAAAAGAUCCAAGAAUCUCUAGAUAAGUUAACUAGUGAACUCCAGAAACAUGAAGAAAACGUUGCGUCUGUGCGUAGACGUUUGGCCCGUGAGAAAGAUAAUUGGUUGAGUUCAUGCCCUGAUACAUUGAAGAUUAACAUGGAGUUCCUUCAACGGUGCAUAUUUCCUAGAUGUACAUUCAGCAUGCCUGAUGCUGUUUAUUGUGCUAUGUUUGUUCAUACCCUUCAUUCACUUGGCACCCCUUUUUUCAACACGGUCAACCAUAUUGAUGUUCUUAUAUGUAAAACAUUACAACCAAUGAUAUGCUGUUGCACGGAGUACGAGGUGGGCCGCCUUGGUAGAUUUCUCUUUGAGACUCUCAAGACUGCCUAUUAUUGGAAGAGUGACGAAUCUAUAUAUGAACGUGAAUGUGGAAACAUGCCAGGAUUUGCUGUCUAUUAUAGAUACCCAAAUAGCCAGCGUGUCACAUAUAGCCAAUUUAUCAAGGUGCACUGGAAAUGGAGUCAGAGAAUCACAAGAUUGUUGAUCCAGUGCUUGGAAUCUACAGAAUACAUGGAAAUUAGAAACGCUCUUAUUUUGCUUACAAAAGUUUCAAAUGUUUUUCCCGUUACUAGGAAAAGCGGGAUCAACCUUGAGAAAAGGGUUGCUAAACUUAAGAGUGAUGAAAGAGAAGAUUUAAAGGUGUUGGCUACUGGUGUUGCUGCAGCAUUGGCUGCUCGAAAGCCUUCAUGGGUCACAGAAGAAGAAUUCGGAAUGGGUUAUCUUGAUUUGAAGCCUGCACCAGUAGCUUCAAAAUCCGUUUAUGUUACUCCAGCAACUAUUAACGCUUCUCAAAGUGAAACUGCAAAUGGAAGAACCACUUCAGUUCAACAUCAUGAUUCCGGGACUUCUAACACAUCAAGAACAAAACCUUCAGAAGGUAAACAUGAUAAAGGAAAAGGCGGUUCACUAAGUAACGGUUCAGAUUUGUUAGCUGGACCACCCAGAUCAGCCGAAAGUCAAAAGCAGAUUGAUGAUUCCGAGAAUCCAGCAAAAGGUCCUGCUGCGAAGAGAUCAGUUUCUACUGCGUCUGUACCAAAGCAACCAAAACAGGAUGCUGUGAAAACGGAAACUAAACCUAAGCUUGGUGGGCCCGUUCAUGAGGUUUUCGCACUAGCAAAAGGAUCAUCCUCUAGAUCAUCAGAUCCCGAGACUGGAGUUUUGAAAUUGGCUGAAUCGAGAAAAGACGAUUCAUCAGAACCCAUGGAUGUUCAAAGACGAACCUCAUCCCGACCGACUCAUUCCCCAAGGCCUGAAAAUUCUUACGCCUCAAAAAGUAAUGAUAAACCGACGAAGAGAACAAGCCCCGCUGAAGAACAGGACCGGUUUAACAAGAGGCGAAAAGGGGAACAUGAUUUGAGAGACGUCGAGCCCGAGGUGCGGUUUUCAGAUAGAGAGAGAGCAAGUGAGGAUGAGCCAGUAAGAGUUAGUGAUAAGCAGUUGGAUAAACCGAAAGUUGAAAGAUAUGAUCGGGAGCACAGAGAAAGAUAUCAUGGAGAUGAUGUGAUGGAAAAGUUAAGAGACCGGUCAAUGGAAAGAUACAGUAGAGAGAGGUCGGUUGAUAGGGAUUCUGAUAAAGGUAGUAAAGAUGACAGAAAUAAAGGGCGCUACAAUGAUAAUCCUGCUGACAAGGAUGAUCGGUUUCGUGGUCAGAGUUUACCACCGCCUCCCCCUCUGCUGCCACACGUUGUUCCUCAAUCCGUAAAUGCAAAUAGAAGAGAUGAAGAUUCUGACCGGAGAUUCGGAACCGCUAGACAUUCACAAAGGUUGUCUCCAAGACAUGAUGACAGAGAACGCAGACGGUCUGAGGAAAAUAUGUUGCUUUCUCAAGAAGACGCAAAGAGAAGACGAGAAGAAGAAAUCCGAGAGAGGAAACGAGAAGAACGCGAAGCAUUCUCAAACAAGAUGGAUGAGAGAGAAAGAGAUAUGGAGAGAGAAAAAGUUAACGCAACGAAGGAAGAGCUGGAUGUGAACGCCUCAAAAAGGCGAAAACUUAAAAGAGAGCAGCAUAUGGCUUCGGAGCCUGGUGAAUAUUCACCAGCAGCUUCAGCUUCAGCUCCAGCUCCUCCGCUUCAUAUUAACAUGACAUCAUCAUAUGAUGUCACGAGAGAUAGGGGGGACCGAAAAGCACCCGUUCCACGUAACGUUUACAUGGAAGAACCUACCCGUAUGCACGCGAAAGAUGUGCCCACUAAGAUGACCCGUCGUGACUCUGACCCAAUGUAUGACAGAGAAUGGGAAGAAGAAAAACGACAGAGGGUUGAACCAAAGAGAAGGCACCGCAAAUAAUACUCAUUAUAUAUGUUUGUGUUAUGAAUUUAUUUUGGCUUUGACUGUAGAAAGUCAAAAUAAGAGGUCAAACUAGGGGUCUCCAGUACUUGAUAUGUACACUUAUAAUUUAUCUGAAUGUUUUGAGUGGUAGACAAUUUAAAUAUGAACCAAUUAGAUUUUGUAAUAUUUGGUUUGACCCUUUGUUUUUAGACAAAUUCAGGAUAUUAGGAUUAUGCAUGGUUUUACACA